GCGUAAGGACGGUCGACUUCGGCGGGACCCAGGUGAGAAAGGCCCACCUGUGUCCUGGUUGAGGGUCUCCAGGGUUCUUUGGGGCCCGAGCACUUCUCCUUCCUACCACCAUGCGAAGAAGGAUGUGUUUGCUUCUCCUUCCACCAUGAUUGUAAGUUUCCUGAGGCCUCCCCAGCCCUGCAGAACUGAUUCCUGAAAUUGUGGAUCACCCACCUAUGCUUUGAGACAUGCUUUUUUUUUUUUUUUUCUGGAAGCCCUGCAACUUCCCUAAAAAUUGAAUGAAUUAUAGAACAGACCUAUGGUGAAGCGACUUCCAGUCAUUUGGAAAGGAUGGGAUGAAAAGGAACCUUGGUGAUAAUUUUGAUGUCUGCAAGAUUUAGUACCAGUGUAAUGGGAUUAUCGGUAACACCUUCACUGCAGAAAAAGCCACCUGGCGCUAUAACUGGCAGCAACUGAGAACUAAUCCUUUCGCAUCUCUUGGAUGUCAUUCAUGAAGCUCAAAGCUAUUUCUGCCCUGCUAACUGUGAUUAAUUUUAGAAACAAUAACAACAAAAAAUCAGGCCAAUGGUGGCAGAGUCUACAUAGAACUAUGCUUCGUGGUGUUCUGGGGAAAACCUUUCGACUUGUUGGCUAUACUAUUCAAUAUGGCUGUAUAGCUCAUUGUGCUUUUGAAUACGUUGGUGGUGUUGUCAUGUGUUCUGGACCAUCAAUGGAGCCUACAAUUCAAAAUUCAGAUAUUGUCUUUGCAGAAAAUCUUAGUCGACAUUUUUAUGGUAUCCAAAGAGGUGACAUUGUGAUUGCAAAAAGCCCAAGUGAUCCAAAAUCAAAUAUUUGUAAAAGAGUAAUUGGUUUGGAAGGAGACAAAAUCCUCACCACUAGUCCAUCAGAUUUCUUUAAAAGCCAUAGUUAUGUAUUUGGAAACUAAGCGGUCCCUAUUAAGAUGCUGUUGCUGGCCGGCCAUGGUGGCUCACACCUGUAAUCCCAGCACUUUGAGAGGCCAAGGCGGGCAGAUCACCUGAGGUCAGGAGUUUGAGACCAGCCUGCCCAGCAUGGCAAAACCCUGUCUCUGCUAAAAAUACAAAAAAUUAGCCAGGCGUGGUGGCAGGCGCCUGUCAUCUCAGCUACUUGGGAGGCUGAGGCAGGAGAAUCGCUUCAACCCGGGAGGCGGAGGUUGCAGUGAGCCGAGAUCACGCCACUGCCGUGCAGCCUGGGCAACAAGAGCAAAACUCCGUCUCAAGAAAAGAAAAAAAAAAAAAAGAUGCUGUUUGCUUUGCUUAUUUUGAAGGUACUGAAGCCAAUAAUCCUUUCCUGGGGUUAUGUAUGAACUGAGCAUUGGCUACUGUAAAGAUAUGAGAUUAAUUUGUGACUCUCAAAAGAAACAAAUUGUCAUAAGCUCAGACAUCUUGAGUAUGUUGCCUUUCUGUAUAUUCUGCAGGAAUUCCUCAGUUUGCUGCUAGAAGCCACUGCUUUAUCAGAAAAAAUGAUUUAGUUGGAAGUAGGAACAUGUAGCAAAUAAGAAAUAAAUAAAAUGAGUUGGCAUUCUCCUAUUGGUUUGCACAGCAGGCAAAAUGCAAAGUAAACCUCUAUUUAAUUCCUUUAGGGAAUGUAGGGCCAGGGCUCACAAAUACACUAAAAUUUUGUUAUAAAGCCAAUUAAAAGAAGAAGAAAAGCACUUCAUAAUGUUUAUUAGUAUAAUAUUGUGUAAUAAUCCAGGACUAUGCUUUUAAUCCAUGGGGUAACUAUGGCAUAGUUAGGCAUUUUGAAAUAUAGUAAAUUCCUAUCAACAAACAUGUUGUAAAAUCUGCGUCUAAACAAACUCCCUUGACACCACAUCCUCCUAUAGGGAAGAGUUGUGUAUAGUUACUCCACUCUGAGCUUCAUAUUAUUUUUUUGAACUCAUUCCAGUUAGACUUUGGUCUCCACCACUUCAUUGAUGGUUCUUGUCAAAGUCCCUAAUGACCUCUCUUGUUGUCUCUCCAGUGAUCAACUCUCAGUCCUCAUUGUACUUGACCUAUUGUUAGUAUUUGAAAUAGUUGUUCUCAAAACCUGGUUUCACUUAGUUUUUGGGACACUGCUUUUUCUAGGUUUUUUUCCUAUCUUUCUUCUGAAUUUCCUUUAUUGGUUCCUCCUCAUAUCCAAACAUUGGAAUGACCUUCAAACCCUGGAGUUAACUAAAGGUUCAUAUUUUAAACUUCUAUUGUUUAUCUACACUUAUACUUUAGCUGACCUCAUCCUGUCUCAUAAAACCUGUCUCAUGGUUUUAUGUACAGUACUUUUUAACUUACUCUCAAAUUUAUAUCAAGUAUAACCUUUUCCCUGAACUCCAGAGUCAUGUCUAAUUGUCUAAUAUCUUCACUUUAAUGAAUAAUGGUCAUCUCAAACUUACUGUAUCCAAAGCUAAAAUCCUGAUUUUCUUUCCCACAAUGGCUCCUUCCAUACACUUCCCAUCACAUGGGGAAGAAAACCCCAUGCUACUUGUUCAGGCCACAAACCUUAGAGUUAUCCUUACUCUCCUUCUCUUUCACCCUACAUCCAAUCCCUUAGCAAAUCAUGAUUAUACCUUCUAUAUAUAAUCAGAAUCAAACCACAUUUUGCCACUGUCACUGCUACCAUCCAUUAGUUUGCAAGAUAAACUCAUCUCUCUCAUUUUGUUGCGGUAAUUUUUGAACUGUUUUCUUUGCUUAUACCCUUCCGAUUUUCUGGCUUCUCUACCCUUUCCAUUGAUACUCUCCACACAGCAGCUAAGGUCAUCCUUUUUGAUGAUGAUGCUUUUUAAGAGCAAUUAUGUCACUCUUCUGCUUAAAGACUCCAGUGGCUCCCCAUCUCACUUACAGUAAAAGCCAUAGGCCUUGUGGUGGCCUGCAAGACCCUGCAUAAUCAUUUUCCCUGCUGCCUUUCUUGUAAUUAUUGUGUCAUUGGAACACAGUCAUGCCCAUUCAUUUAUCUGUUGUCUGUAUUUGCUUUCUCUAAAAUGUCAAAGUUGAAUAGUUGUGACAUAAACUAUAUGGCUUGCAACGCCUGGACUAUUUCCUAUUUGUUCCUUUUCAGAAAAAGUUUGCUGACCCCCUGAUCUAGAGCAUAAGAUUCUUGGUGACAGGGACUCAUUUUAAUUGCAGUUGAUUUCAUAUCAUUUCAACUGUGAUUUGGCAGCUAGUCGAUUUUUUAAAAUUCUUGAAGGGUGGACAAAUCUAGAUAUAUAUGAAUAGGGUGCUAGUUUCUUUUCUACUUCUACUCCUUUUUUUCUACUAGUUUCUACUACAAACUUGCUCCCAAGUAAAUGCGUGAUGUUACAACUUCUCAGAAGAUGUUCUUGGGGCCUACCACGCUGCUGAACUGGCCAAUCUGUGGUCAUUCUAGUCUUCAUAGACUUGAAAGCUAAGCUAUUUCCAAUGGUAAGACUACCUGACCACCUUACACAACGGCAGGUGAAAGUUGUAGAAAAUAUUGGAAUGUUCCUCUUACUGUGUACCAGGAGAGCAGAGUGCUGAUUAAAUGUUUCUUUUCCUAAGUGACUUCUAUUUAGGACUGCAUAUUUUUCAGGCCUUUCUUUAAGCAGAAUAAAAAUUCACCAGGCUCUGAAUUGACUUAUCACUAUGGAAUACUGAACUUAGUUAAGAUUAAGUUUCCUAAAGGCUCUGAAUUGACUUAUCACUAUGGAAUACUGAACUUAGUUAAGAUUAAGUCUCCUAAAGUAUUGGGGGAAUUGAGGUAUGCUGGGCUUACCUUGUUCUCAUUUUAAAGGAAGCUUUGGUGCCCCUGAAAUGCUAUGGUGGUUUUAUUACGAUGAAGGCUAAGUUGCCCUUGCAACAUUCAUUGCCUACUAAUUAGGUUGUGUGGUAAUAAGAGUUUCUGCAUUUCUGUAGUCAUACAUGUGCCUUUUGGACAUAUUUAACUACUAUACAGAUAAUUUGUUCUUUUGGUCCUUUUAUUGGUUUAUUGGCUUAACAAUGGGUAAAGUUGUUACCUGGAGUUUAUAAAUUUCUCCUUCUAGGAUUUUCUGUGGUUGUUUAUUGUAAAAUGAAGAAUUUUUUUUUAAUCUUUCAAUUAAAACCUUAUUUAUUGAAUUUUCAUGUCUUAACCAUAGUAGCUACCCUGUAUUGAGAAUAGACAUAUUAAUAGAAUGUGAUUAUGGAAAUUUCAGUGUAUUCUGUGGUUAGUGUGGUUAGUGCAUAGCAGUCUUUUGCUAUUGUUAUAGGAAACAAAUCUGUACUUAUUAGAAAAAUCAUGUUUUUACUUUUAUCUGAGGGCUACCAAAGAUAUCUGGCUAUUUAAUUUAAAGGUUUUUGGUUGUCUUUGAUACCAUAGAUGUCAGCGUUAUACACAAAAGGUGAAACAUUGUUCACCAAAUAAUAAUCCAUUACCACAGCAGAGUGAUGGGCGGUGAAUAAGGAAUGUAGUUAUUUCUUAUGUUUUUCUUUGUGAAUUGUAGAGUAUGUUAAUAACAUCAUCAUUAUUACUGGCAGAAAUGUAAGAAGUAGAGACAAUUUUACAUUUCAGAAAGAACUGAUUAAGUGUUAUCAGGAUGUACUGGUGGUAUAGUGUAUUAAAAUGGAAAUGUAACAAUAUGGCAAUAAUAAAGCUGUUUUACAGUGUAUUAGAAAAUAUUUAAAUAAAACUGAUGGACAACCUAAGAAACAAUCUUACUAAUUAGCAUUACAAAAUGGUCACUUUAUAUAGUUAACACUAAUAGUCCUUUAAUGUGUACUGUGUAUUUAGGUUAUAGUUCGAAUCCCUGAAUAUUCUGAAUGCUGUCUUUCUGUUUGUUUAAAUGUCAUUUCCCUUAGCUAAAAGUCAACCAUCUGGUCUUCUAUUACCACUUGUAUUAUAAACAGAAAAAAGUACUUCUCUGUAGAGAGAGGAAUCAUCAGAUUGAAAGGGCUUGUGUAUUAUAAGCUGCUGAUAUACUAAAUCCUUAUGUCAUUUAAAUAGAAGAACUGCCUAAUAAUGUCACUUAUUACAACUAGGGUAUCUAAACAAGCGACU